AUGCCUAAAGACGAACGGAAUGCAAUCAUGGAAGAACGCAAACAAAAGAAGCGCAAACUUGAAAAUGGAACCAAGAAAGACAAGGUGACUCCCAAGGAUUCUGGAGCAGGCAAGAAGACUGACAAGAAAAAUGGCCAAACUACUUUGAAAGAAUUGAAACGCCGUAUUGCCGAGCUUGAAUCCAAGGAGUCUGCCCAAACACAGGAUAGAAAUGACAACGAUGACAGGACUGGAGGCAACGAUACUGGUAAUGCUGCCAACGGAAACCGCACCAACCCUGCGCUAAACCGUGGCCAACAAGGUGAUAGUGACUGA